AUGACGUCGUACUCCAGCAGCUCUGCUCGUCGACCAGCACCGCCGCCCAGAUUGGUGAGACCAGAGGCCAGCCAUGAUACUCCUCCAGGUAACUCCGGACACCCCUCAAGUCGACCAGGAUACGGCCAGGACUCACUCAUCACUUCCACCACAUAUGGACAGAAAAUGGCUUCCCUGUCAAACUGUCUCAGCCGUUCCGCCAUACCUGGAUCCCCGAGCGCGGAUAUUCACCUGAUGAUGCAUUAUGCCGAUCAGGAGGCCGCUGCAGGGCUGGAGAGCUGCACUGGGCCGGGCGGUUUUAGAGGAGAGAGUGUUGUGACGGGAGCAGAGCUGACGACCGACUGA